AUGGAACCAUCAGCUCAAGACGCGAAGGGGCGUCGGAGAAGUACGGGAGGAAUAUUACGGCGACCGCCGGAGGACAACAUCGAACAGGAGGCGGUGCUGACCGAGACCAGAGCUAAGGCACAGAGCAAGUUCCAGAGCCGCCCCGACCAGCGGCUCGACAAGACGGCCAGGAGUAAGAAGAAGAAAGCCAGUAAAGGGGUUAAGUCCAUCUGCGAGAACCUGCUGGGCAACUUUCGCAAGAAGAACAGCAGCAGCAGUGGCAGCAGCACCACCGUGACGACCGUCAACCCCAUCAAGCUGCGCAGCUCGAGCGACGCCGACGCCCUCCGGCCGGGGGGAGCAGCCGACUAUGCGCAGACGCGGCGCGACUCGCAGCUCUCCAGCAUACUCACGUCGUCGGGCCCAUCGUCCACCUCGACGCCCACCCUCUCACCCCCGGUCGCCGGGUCGCUCCCCUCACGGUCCGCCUCCACCUCGUCCGUCGCCUCCCCCACCAUCAGCCAGGCCGACGAUGCCGCCCAUGUCGCCAUGCCACGUCGGGCUACCGCCUUUGCUCCGCGGGCGGUCGUGAUCAGCGCGCAGGCGACAGAGGGCGGGGAGAGGGAGAUGACGCUCGAGGAGGAGGCCUAUCUGAUGGCGAUGAUGGAGGGCGACGCAACCGGCGUGGCGCGCGCGCGGCGCAACACGGUGAUCACGAAGCGCGAGCCGGGCGCGGUGGAGGAGGGCCGGCGGCGCCACCAGCGGCGCGACUUCAAGGUGACGCACGUCGAGUUCCCCGAUGAAGGCAGCUACGGCCGCGGCUUCCACGAGGACGUGGACCUGACGUUCGUGGCCAAGGGUGACGCGCUCAAGGACUACGUGUGGGGCGCGGGCGGCGCAAGUGCGCUGGACAGCAGCGAAGAAGAAGGAGGAGGAGAAGAGGAACAAGAAGAAGGAGGUGAAGAGGGAGAAGAGGGAGAUGGUAAGGAGGAGGAGGAGGAGGAUGCAAGCUUAGAAGAGUUAGAGGGUAGCGACUCGAUCGAGACGGAAGCGGAGGAGGAAGAGGAGACACCACCAGAUGAUCUUGUAGCAUCGGAAGAUGGAGAGGAGGAAGAAGAAGAUGAAAAAGAUGAAGGAGAAGUGGAGGAGAGCAAAGAGAAGCAAAAGCAGCAGGAAGGCCAGGGAGCAGCGCGGGGGAAGCGGAAGAGGAGGGUGACCGGCGAUGAGAGUGGCACGAGCGCGGAGACGAGAACGGAGCUCAAGGAGCGGGUGAUGGCCGAAAACGAAACGGAAGAAGCAACAGGCCUGAUGCAGUAG